AUGAAGAGCUUGGCCGAGCUCGCCCAGUGCAGAGAACUGGAGUGUGGGUCCGGAGCUGUGCCGCUCACUGCCUCACGGCCUCUCGACAGGCAGGAGCAGAGAGGGGCAUUCUCAGGACAAUGGGGAAAGCGAGCUGACUGGUUACUGACUGUGAUCGCGGUGUCCUCGAAAUCGGAGGAGAGGGCGAAAGCUCCGCUGUGGGCAGACGCUGAAAGGCUAACAGCGCCCGCAGCCAUUUCCAGCUCGACGUCGCCAUCUGCCGGACCCAGCAGCAAGUACAACCCUGCCAACCAGGGCCCCGAACCUCUGGGUCAACUGAUGGCGGACAGAGCAGCCGCUCAGAUGGCAGGAGACAAAUCCACUGGAGGGUCAGAGCCCCCUAAAUCAGGGCAAUGGAAUAUCCCUUCCAAAGGACAUCCAGCGGAGACACCGAAGGACCGCGUGUGGAUUGCACUUUGGAGGGAGUCAGCGGGCAAAGCAGGCCUCGUGGGAGGUAGAAGGGCAACACUCAGCGCGGAGCAGGAGCAGAAUGGGAGCGCCCAAGCCAGACGCGUGAGGAGCGGUGAGCAGGCCCGGAGACAACUGCGCCUGAAUCCGGUAAGCCCGGCUCGUGUGCGCAGUGGCCGUGGAAAUGCUGCAGGAUCCUCUCUGGUGCUGCGGACGGCCGGGGAGACCGCCGGGCUCCUGCGCUCCCUUGGCUCGCGCCUCCCGGCGUUGGCCCUUCCAUUUCAGACGAAAUCUCCCCCCGCACGGAGAAACCGCCUGGUUACGCGCAGGUCCCAGCGCCUCGCCCCCUUUCGGAAGGACGCAGGGACCCUGCGCCCAGUUCGCCGCAACUACUACGACCCGUCCUCGGCGCCCGGGCAGGGCGUGGUGUGGGAGUGGGAGAACGACAGCGGCUCCUGGACGCCCUACGACACAGAGGUGGGGAUCGCCAUCCAGCAGGCCUAUGAGGCGCAGCGGCCCUGGGUGGACCUCACGCCCAUCGGCUUCGGCUACGUCGUCGACUUCGGCACCAUGGGCCAGAUCAACCGGCAGACCCAGCGCCAGCGCCGAGUGCGCCGCCGCCUGGACCUGGUCUACCCGCUGGUGGCCGGCUCCCUGCCCAACCCCCGGAGACAGGCCUCAAGCACGGCAGCUGGGACCUCCGCGGGCCCCCCGGCCAGCCCCCCGGGAGUCAGCAGCAAGACCGGCAGAGUGGCCCUGGCCACCUUGAAUCGGAACAGCCUGCAGCGCCUGGCCCUUGCCCAGUCCCGGGUGCUGAUCGCCUCCGGUGUCCCCACGGUCCCCGUGAAAAACUUGAAUGGGUCGAGUCCUGUCAAUCCGGCCUUGGCAGGAAUCACCGGGAUCCUAAUGAGCGCUGCUGGGCUGCCCGUGUGCCUCACCAGACCCCCGAAGCUGGUGCUGCACCCACCACCCGUCAGCAAGCGCGAGAUCAAGUCCAUCCCGGGGGUCUCCGACACCAGCCGCAGAACCACCAGAAAGCAAGCUAAGAAAGGUAAAACCCCGGAGGAAGUGCUGAAGAAGUACCUGCAGAAGGUCCGGCACCCGCCUGAGGAGGACUGCACCAUCUGCAUGGAGCGCCUCACGGCCCCCUCGGGCUACAAGGGCCCGCAGCCGAUGGUCAAGCCGGACGUGGUGGGCAAGUUGUCCCGCUGCGGCCACGCCUACCACAUCUACUGCCUGGUUGCCAUGUACAACAAUGGGAACAAGGAUGGGAGUUUACAGUGUCCAACCUGUAAGACCAUCUACGGGGUGAAGACAGGAACCCAGCCACCGGGGAAGAUGGAGUACCACCUCAUCCCCCACUCCCUGCCAGGCCACCCUGACUGCAAAACCAUCCGGAUCAUCUACAGCAUCCCCCCGGGCAUUCAGGGGCCAGAACACCCGAAUCCCGGCAAGACGUUCAGUGCCCGCGGCUUCCCACGACACUGCUACCUUCCAGACAGCGAGAAGGGGAGAAAAGUUCUGAAGCUGCUGCUUGUGGCCUGGGAUCGCCGCCUCAUCUUUGCCAUCGGUACCUCCAGCACCACGGGCGAGUCCGACACGGUCAUCUGGAAUGAGGUGCACCACAAGACGGAGUUCGGCUCUAAUCUCACCGGCCACGGCUACCCCGACGCCAAUUACCUGGAUAACGUGCUGGCCGAACUGGCUGCCCAGGGCAUCUCUGAGGACAGCACUGCCCAGGAGAAAGACUGAGGCCGGCGGUGCUUUGAAGCGGGAUGGGGACAAGGGGGCCGCAGGGAGCCGGGCGGAGGCCGGGGCAGCGCCCCCUCCCG